AUGAAGGUGUGGUAUACUCUUGGUAGUCUUGCCAGCAUUGCAAGUCUAGUGCAACACUCUAGUGCUCAAAAGUGGCCUUUGCACGACAAUGGCUUGAACCAGGUUGUCGAAUGGGACCACUAUAGCGUCAAAGUCAACGGGGAGAGGCUUUUCCUUUGGUCCGGAGAGUUGCACCUGUGGCGCAUCCCCGUGCCUGAGCUUUGGCGUGACAUCUUUGAGAAGAUCAAGGCAGCUGGUUUCAAUGGCAUUGGCCUUUAUGAACAUUGGGGCUGGCAUGCUCCCAACAACCAGACCUUGGAUUUCGAAACAGGGGCCCAUAACUUUGCUAGCGCCUUUGAAAUUGCCAAGGAACUUGGCCUGUACAUCGUUUAUCGACCUGGCCCAUAUAGUAACGCUGAGGCAAACGGUGGCGGCUUUCCUGGCUGGCUCACCACCGGAGAGUAUGGCCCUCUUCGAGAUAACAACACCGCAUACACCAAGGCUUGGGAGCGAUACUCCAAGAAGGUUGCCGACUAUGUGCGCCCACAUCUCGUUAGCAACGGUGGUCCCAUCAUCUUUUGGCAGAUAGAAAAUGAGUAUGGACAACAAUGGAUCGACCCCGACAAGAAGAUUCCCAACGCUACCGCUAUCAGCUACAUGGAGCUGCUGGAGGAGAAGACCAGAGAUUGGGACAUUGAUGUUCCAUUCACGGCCAACAACCCCAACAUGUGGACACGAGCGUGGUCCAAGGACUAUGGUGACACUGGUGGAGAGGCCGACGUCUAUGGCCUUGACCACUAUCCAGCGUGCUGGACGUGCAACCUUGCACAAUGUCUCAACAUCAAUGGCGCAGUUGAGCCUUACACUGUCUUUAACUAUUAUGAUCACUUUCAGAGUGUUGCCCAGACUCAGCCUUCAUUUCUCAUGGAGUUCCAGGGGGGUUCAUUCAACCCCUGGGAUGGCCCUGCAGGAGGUUGUGCAGAGAACAUGGGCCCAAGCUGGGUAAAUCUCUUCUUCCGCCACAAUUUGGCGCAAAAGGUAACAGCUGUCAACAUUUACAUGGUCUAUGGAGGAACCAACUGGGGCAACAUUGGCUUCCCUGAGGUUGGCACCAGCUAUGACUAUUCGGCGCCCAUCCACGAAAACCGCUUGAUUGGCGAUAAGUACAACGAAGCAAAGCUCUUUGGCCUCUUUAUGCGGGUCGCUCAUGACUUCACAAAGGUUGACCGAGUUGGAAACAGCACCAAGUACGCCACGGAUGAGGACAUCUUCACCACUGAGCUCCGUAACCCUGAUACCGGGGCCGCAUACUAUGUCACCCGUCACGACUACUCCCCUUCUACCGAUGUCACCAGAUUCCGCUUGAAAGUUUCAACAGAGGCUGGAAAUCUGACCGUGCCAGUCUCAGGAUCCAUCACUCUCAACGGGCGAGAAUCUAAGACUCUGGUCACGGAUUUCAGUAUCGGUUCAUCUGGCAAGAAGAUCACUUAUGCAACCUUGGAGGUCCUGACCGUGGCCGAUCUUGGAGAUCGCCAGGUGGUUAUCUUCUGGGCCCCAGAUGGCGAGCAAGGCGAGUUCUUGCUCAAAGGCGCAAAGUCCGGCAAGGCUUUGAGCGGAAAGGCCGACGGGAAAUCGUUAACCAAGACCAAGAAUGGCAUCUUGACGAACGUGGUCACUGGCAAGGAGAAGACUGUUUUCGAAUACAACAACCAUGUGCAAGCCGUCGUGGUAGACCGUCAGUCUGCUUACAAAUUCUGGGCCCCAACCCUCAACAAUGACCCUCUUGCGUGGGAAAAUUCAACCGUCCUGGUCCAUGGACCCUAUCUUGUGCGAACCUCUUCUAUUAAAGGCGACACAAUUCACAUCACCGGCGAUUGGGACGAAGAGACUGAGGUUGAAAUAUGGGCCCCAAAGAAGGUCACCAAGGCGACUUUCAAUGGUGCAAGGCUCAAAGUUUCCAAGUCUAAAUACGGCAGCCUGCUUGGCAACCUUGCAGCCCCUGAAGUUACUACCGAAACCCUUGCUGCCCAGCUGCCGGCUCUCACAAAGUGGAAGGUGGUAGACGGUCUCCCUGAGGUUGCCGCAGACUACGAUGACUCCCGUUGGACCAAGGCUGACCAUGAGACAACUCCUCAUUUUGUCCCACCUGACACUUACCCUGUCCUUUUUGCCGAUGAAUAUGGUUACCAAGCCGGAAACCUCCUCUGGCGUGGUCGCUUCAAGGCGGCCAAAGGUAAUGCUCCCAAGGGCGCUUACCUACGCGUUAUUGGCGGCCUUGCCAGCGGGUUUUCUGCCUACGCCAAUGGAAAAUUCCUCGGCUCCUGGCUUGGCUCCAUGGCUAACAAGACGGGCGAGCUUGAGAUAUCCUUCAAGGAUGUUAAGCUUGACACCAAGGCUGACAACGUCUUGUUUGUCAUCCAAGAUACCAUGGGCAAGGAGCAGCGCGAUGCAGCGCCUGAUCCUCGUGGCAUCCUCAAUGCCACACUGAUCGCGGCCGAUGGCUCUGCUGCCAACUUUACUUCGUGGAGGCUUGCCGGCAACGCUGGUGGGAACCAUCUUCUCGAGCCGAUCCGUGGCACCUACAAUGAAGGCGGCCUGCAUGCGGAGCGACUUGGCUGGCAUCUCCCUGGCUUCAACGACAAGAAGUGGAAGUCUGGAGCCCCUGCAGAUGGAUUCAAGGGUGCCGGGGCACGCUUCUACCGUACUGUAGUACCCUUGGACGUUCCCAGGGGCUACGAUGCUAGCCUUUCUUUUCAGUUGCACACCGAGAAGAAGGCUAAGCUUCGGGCUCAGCUUUAUGUCAAUGGCUAUCAGUUUGCAAAGACUCUGCCUUGCAUAUCGAACGAGACAACUUUCCCUGUCUUCCCUGGUAUCCUGAACUACCGAGGAGACAACACAAUCGGCCUCAGUGUCUGGGCCAUGAGCGAAGAGGGAGGAGCGGUCGAUGUGUCGUGGAAGGUCAAUGGAGUGCAACGUUCAGCGUUUGACCCUCUAUUUGACAGCGAGUAUCUUCGCCCCGGUUGGAAGGAUCGGUCAAAGUAUGCUUGA